CUGCAAUUCCGGUUCUUCCCCCCAAGAUGGAGACCCUUCCAGGCCCUUAUCCUGUAAAGGCUCAUACGCCGAAAGCACGAAUGUUCCUGCUUUUCUUCAGCGUGGCGAUAUGCACGGGUACUUUGUUUUUACUACAGGCCAAAUUAACGAAACCAAGAAAAGCGAAAGACUUUUAUUCUUUUGAUGUACUGGAUUUGAGAGGGAGGGUUGUUUCUCUGGAAAAGUACCGAGGCAAAGCGUCCCUGGUAGUAAACGUGGCGAGUCGGAGCGAGCAAACGGAACGGAACUACAGAGAGCUUCAGGAGCUGCACCGAGAGCUGGGGCCGUCUCACUUCAACGUGCUGGCCUUCCCGUGCGCACAGUAUAGAGACUCCGACCUUGGGACCAAUCGUGACAUUGACAGCUCCGCGAACUCAAACUCUGCUAUUUCGUUUCCCAUCUUUGGCCAGAUAAAAAUAAUGGGCUCUGAAGCGGAUCCAGCCUUCAAAUUUCUAACAGAUUCUGCGCAGAAAAUUCCAAAAUGGAACUUCUGGAAGUUUUUGGUAAAUCCGGAAGGGAAGGUGGUGAAGUUCUGGAAAGCCGAGGAGCCCAUGGAAGCAAUCCGACAGGAAGCCACUGCGCUGGUGCGCGAGAUCAUUCUGAGGAAGAGGGCGGAGCUCUGACGGCUCAUUGGCUCUCUGAGAGACACAGUUGGAUUGAUUGGCAACCCCUUCCUGUUUGGGGGGGGGGGUGUGCUUUGAGCCUGUGGACUUGGGACUGUGCUCUUCAGGGACUGCGCUUGGAGCGGAACCACUACACGUACGCCCUUCUGGUCAUGUGACUUCAGUGCAUCUGUGAGGCUUAGUAGCCGUUUAUAUUAUAUAAUAAUAUACUGUCUCAGGCCGGACUGAGAGACUGUUCACAGACGUACACUUUCAGAGUGUUUCCGACUAGGGAAGGGGUGCAGUAAAAUAAAAAACAUUGUGAAGAAUCGCUUUUACAUAUUAAAUAUCAAGCUUUCA